AUGGACAGAGUCAUUCAGAUGGUCCGUCAAAUACCGCCUAUUUCUCGCUCAUGGCUAGGGUUGGCUAUUGUCGUGUCGAUUUUGAAUAGUAACAAUAUCUUGCCGACCCUCAAAUUUACGUUUUUACCCGGCAGAAUCGGUGUAGAGCCGUGGAGAAUCCUCGUACUGUUUUGCUACUUCGGCCCACUAUCGUUGCUGCUAAUUAUAAACUUGAUCAACAUUCGAGAUGCAAUGUCUGCGUUGGAAAGUGGGUUUGUCAAUGACGAGAGCGUGCUUCCCGAAUGGAUGACCAGGGAUCUUGAUGAAUUGCUGAGAGAUCAAUUGAAUGCACAAUUUGAGAGGCAUAGAGUACGUGACUUUGCCUACUUUCUCGGCCAGAUGGCUACUACCAUCACUUUGGAAGUUUAUAUCAUCUACAGGCUUUUUGGCUUCACAGGCCCGUCGCUUGUGUUUUUGGGUCCUAUCCUUCACGAUUCCAUCGUGUAUACAUGGGGCAAAACAUAUCCCGAGGCAGAAAUGUUUCUUCUCCUCGUUCCUUUACGUGCCAAGUAUACUUACUGGAUGUUGGAAUUCAUACACUUCCUCAUUUCUCCUGGCUUCUUUGAAGUGGUAAGAGCAUACAAAGUUGGCUUUCUCACGGGGCUGUAUAAACUUUUCACGUACCCGUCAACAGUAAAAGUGAUGGUGGUAGUGCUGGUUGCACACUUCUGGUGGUUUAUGCGGUCUUUCAUCACAGAAAGCAUGUAUAACGACACGAAAACGGCAUCUCGACGCAAUUGGAAGAAUGCUUACAAUGAAAUUGCUCCUGGAAUGUCUACACGGAAUGUCUAUUGCCGAAUUGUACAGGUGGUGUUGACACCCCCUUGGUAUUGGCUCAUCAGCCGGAGUAUUCGGAGUCAGCAACGUAUUCGUGCAAUACUUGCUGCUCGUAUGACUGAGCUAGAAGCUGAAGUUAAUGUCGAAGCUAACGCUGAAGCUAAUGCUGAAGCAAUUACUCAUGGUGAAGGAGGCACUGGCGAUAUUGCCGAUGACUAG